CAGGACUUUUAUGAUUCAUAAUUUGUGCUGUGUUGUAAUGUUACCUCUGGAAACUGACAUACUAGCAUUUAUUGUUUUUUAUUGCUUCUCUGAGGUGGCUUUUGAAAGAGACUCAAGUGACACAUGUUUGAGAAGGGUUUAAAAGUUGGACACGGCUGGAUGAGGCAUUAUUCGUCUGGUGAGGAGUGGAAGAUUCGUACUUCUGUGGACGUGUGUGACCAUUUGGGCACCAAAUCCAGCAAUGAAUAAUUCAACAGGCUGUUCGGCCAGUGCCACAGUUUGCAAUGGGUCGUCCUGUGUGCUGACUGAGAGCAAUUUCAAUAACAUCCUCAGCGUGGUCCUGAGCACUGUCUUGACCAUCCUCUUGGCCAUGGUGAUGUUCUCCAUGGGAUGCAAUGUGGAAAUCAAGAAAUUCCUAGGACACGUAAAGCGGCCGUGGGGCAUAUGCGUUGGCUUCCUCUGUCAGUUUGGAAUAAUGCCCCUCACGGGAUUCAUCCUGUCAGUGGCCUUUGACAUCCUUCCUGUCCAAGCCGUAGUGGUACUCAUCAUGGGAUGUUGUCCCGGAGGAACCGCCUCCAAUAUCUUGGCCUACUGGGUCGAUGGCGACAUGGACUUGAGCAUCAGUAUGACCACAUGCUCCACGCUGCUUGCCCUGGGAAUGAUGCCGCUGUGCCUCUUUAUCUAUACCAAAAUGUGGGUCGACUCUGGGACCAUCAUAAUUCCCUUUGAUAACAUAGGUACGUCUUUGGUCGCUCUUGUUGUUCCCGUUUCCAUUGGAAUAUUUGUUAACCACAAAUGGCCCCACAAAGCCAAGAUCAUUCUUAAGAUCGGGUCCAUCACAGGUGCAAUCCUUAUCGUACUCAUAGCUGUCGUUGGAGGAAUUCUAUACCAGAGCGCCUGGACCAUCGCUCCCAAACUGUGGAUCAUAGGGAUGUUAUUUCCUUUGGCUGGUUACUCCCUAGGGUUUUUACUGGCUAGAAUAGCUGGUCAGUCCUGGCACAGGUGCCGAACAGUUGCUUUGGAAACGGGGAUGCAGAACACUCAGCUGUGCUCCACUAUCGUGCAGCUCUCCUUCACCCAGGAGGAGCUCAACGUCGUGUUCACUUUCCCGCUCAUCUACAGCAUUUUCCAGCUCGCCUUUGCGGGAAUCUUCCUAGGCAUUUAUGUGGCAUACAAGAAAUGUCAUGGAAAGAACGACAUGGAAUUUCCAGAAAGCAAAGACAUCGAAACAGUCUCUGGGUCAUCGUUCUCAAAGGUGAACGGAGGAUUUCAGCCAGAUAACAAGUAGACACCAAGUGGACAAAAAAGAAGAAUUCUAAAGUACACGUUCUGCGAUAACAGUAUCUGUUUGUUUUUGUUGGGAUACUUGGCAGGAAAGGGUUAAGGUGAAAAUUUAAAUUCCAAUUGAAUCCAUAUAUUGGUUUUGGUACCAAGUGACUGGUGGCCCAAAUCCUUAAUGUGACAAAUAUUUAUAUGUAUAUAUGUACUGUCUUUGAAAUAUGCCCGAGAAAUGUCCUCAGACCACAGACUGUACCUGACACUGGUAACACUGAGAACCUCAUAACUCCUAAACCGGAUUCUUACUCAGAAUCUCAAAACGCAGAGAUGAGCACCUGACUUUAUGUAUCUUAAGAUAGAUGCAACGAAUUAUUAUUAUUAUAAAGUGAUCAAGAUUUUCUUCAGUGUUUAUGAUUAUAAGAAGAUUGAAAUGAACAUCUUCCGCUGACAUGUUAAUUAUUAUUUUGAAAAUGUUGCAACCUAUUUAUUUAUAUAACUUUAUCAUGUAACAUGGACAAGUAGCUGACUUCCUGCAUU